UCUUCACAGGGAGUCCACAUACAAAGGAUUUGUAUAAACACCCAUGAGCGCUUGCGUACCCACCUCGUUACCAAGAUGGCGGAUGAGAAGAAAGAAGUCGGAGUUUCUCUGAAGCAGUUAGCUUUGAUGCAAACUGCUUUCAACAGCGACCCCAAGAAUUCUUUAGCUCAGAACUUCGCCUCAAAUCAUGACGUCCUCGAUCUCUGCAUUGAUCGUAAAGUCGUCGAGAAAACGAACCAUGUUUUCACUCACAAAGUGAAGGAAGUCAAGCCAAUGACAAACCAGAAAUCUUCUGGUAGAUGCUGGAUCUUUGCAUUGUUAAACGUCAUCAGACAGAAGUUUGUCCAAGAAAAGAAUCUAGAUGAAUUUGAAUUUAGUCAGCAGUAUCUUUUCUUCUGGGACAAAAUUGAAAGGUCCUACUUUUUUAUCAAUGCUUUCCUUGACCUGGCCAAGAAAGGUGAAAAGCCAGACAGUAGACUAUUUAUGUUCCUUCUGAGUAAUCCCAUGAAUGAUGGUGGACAGUGGGACAUGCUGGUGAAUCUGAUUGAGAAAUAUGGAAUCAUGCCCAAGGCUGCUUGGCCAGAGUCAGUCAAUUCAGGGAAAACACGACGCAUGAAUGUUAUCCUUAACCACAAGCACCGUGAGUUUGCCAUGAAGUUUGGCAAGAUGGUGGCAGCUGGGGCUAGUGAGGUAGAGCUCCAGACGACCAAGAACAACAUGAUGGCAGAGAUUUAUCGUAUUGUUUCCAUCUGUAUUGGUUCCCCGCCUGCCAACUUCACCUGGGAGUAUUACGAUAAAGACAAGAAUUUUUUUAAACUGGAAGAUAUUACACCUCUGCAGUUCUAUACAGAGCAUGUGAAGCCCUUGUACAAUAUAAAAGACAAGGUUUGCUUUGUUAAUGACCCUCGUAAUCCAUACGACAAGAUGUAUACUGUCGAGUACCUGGGUAAUGUCACUAAUGGAGGGUUAGUGCGCUAUAACAAUCAACCAAUAGAAGUCCUGAAGUACCUUGCAGCAGCAUCACUACGAGCUAAUGAGCCUGUCUGGUUUGGAUGUGAUGUUGGGAAGCAUUUUGAGAGGAAGUUUUCUGCAUUGGACUUGAACAUCCAUAACUAUAAGCUUGCAUUUGGCUUAUCAAUGCUCAAGUUGAACAAGACUGAGCGUCUGCUGUAUGGGGACUCUCUCAUGACCCAUGCCAUGGCCCUCACUGGACUCAGCUAUGAGGAUGUAGCUGAGGUGAAGAAGGGCGAAUCUUCUGACGAAGAAAAAGGACACAAACAGCCUGACAAACCGGUUGAACUGGUUCCCGUCAAGACGAGCAAGUGGCGUGUUGAGAAUUCGUGGGGCGAUGACAAGCCGGAGAAGGGCUACCUUCUGAUGACGGAUGAAUGGUUCUCUGAGUUCGUCUUUGAGGUCGUCGUGGACAAGAAGUUCGUACCAGCUGAUAUCCUGGCCAUUCUUGUCCAGGAACCGGUCGUCCUCCCUGCCUGGGACCCAAUGGGUGCACUGGCUUGUGGCAACUGCUUAUCGCAUACUGCAGGAUUUUAUAAGAGACAUUUAUCUCAGAUCUCUCUUUGAUCGUAUGCUUAUUUUUAUUGUGUUAGAAAAUCGAUCCUGUGUUUUCUUUGAAGAAAUUAUGCAAUCUAUAUUUUCAUCGUUUCUCUCCUGGAGAUAAACGCGAAAUAUUCUCACGAAUACCUAUUAGAAAUACUACCAUUCUGUAAAUGAAACAGACAGAUGACAAAUAUUACCAGUAGAGUAUUAUUGUAUCACUGCUUGUAACGCCUUCCAAGAAUUGCAUGUAAAAUGAUUAAAGUGGAUUUAAUCCAUA